UACCACUUAAAGUAUGUAUCAACUCAUCAUAGUGCAUUUUGUGACUUCUCCAGAUAGCCUGGCUUGUUGACUACGAACAAAGACAAUCGCCACAUCACAAAACAGAUCGAGUGAGUAAAGUGUCGUGUGAAAAUGUGUAAAAUAGAAAUGCUGCGAGCGCUGCUGAAUCAGCGACUAACAUCGGCCGCCGAGGAAAUUUUUGUCGUGUUUGAAAGAAUGAUAGCAGAGUACGAGGAGGAACUUAGUCGGACCAAAAUAGAAAACGAGCGACAACGUCAACGACUGAACGCUUUCGAGACUCGAGUCGUGCUUCGAAGAGCAGAUGUGAGUAAUGAAUGCCUCCCCAUUGAGCAGCAGGAGAGGAAUUCCAGAGUGGAGCAGGAACAAGCCAAACCACCCCUCAUUAAAGAAGAGGUGCAUCCUCAAGAACUGGACUUCCCAAUGUUCUCUGUCAUUGUGAAAGUUGAAGAUGAUGAUGAAGGCAAAGGUCAAAGUAAGAACGGAGCGCAGGAGCCUUCAGGCAACAGCUUAAGUGACCACAUCACAAUAGAAGGUGAUGGUGACCACUGCGAAGGAUCACGAGCAGAAAGCCUCUUAGCUCCAUUAUCAGAUAGUGGUGGCACAACAUCUGACACUGAUUGUGAUGAACACUCGAAAGAGGAAAUGACAUGUAACGCUGACGAUGGACAGUGGAAAUGUUUUCAGUGUGACAAAACCUUUAGCCACAAGAUAAAUCUGAAAAGACACACGAUCCUUCACACGGGAGAAAAACCAUUCAGCUGUUCAGUUUGUAGCAAAAAAUUCACCCAGAAGGUGCACCUGACAUCGCACAUGAGAAUGCACACAGGAGAAAAACCUUUCACUUGCUCGUAUUGUGGUAAAAGUUUCAAGCGCAAGACGAAUUUGACGUCACACACUAGGACACACACUGGAGAGAGGCCAUUUUCUUGCCCAUCUUGCAACAAAGGUUUUAUUGAUUACUCGGCAAUGAUUAAACAUACAAGAACACACACAGGAGAGAAACCUUAUUCCUGCUCAUUCUGUGAUAAAAGUUUUGGUGCAAGCUCAACAUUAGUGACACACCUGAGAACACACACAGGAGUGAAACCUUUUUCUUGCUCAAUCUGUGACAAAAGUUUUCAUGAUUGUUCUGGUUUGGCUCACCACAUGAAAACACACACUGGCGACAAACCUUUCUCUUGUUCGGUGUGUGGAAAAAGCUUCCGUGAAAAUUCUCUUUUAACCAGACACAUGAAAACACAUACUGGUGGGAAAAUGUUCAUUUGUAGUGUGUGUGAUCAAAAGUUCUCCUAUAAGCAUCAAAUUGACAAACACCGAUGUGCUGGUGAGAAGGGCAGCAGUGCACAACACAUCGCUAAGCAGAGUGUGAAGUCUUUGGAACAUUGUGUGAAAAUGUGUAAGGUAGAAAUGCUGAGAGCAUUCCUGAAUCAGCGACUGAGCGCGGCUGUCGACGAAAUAGUUGUAGUGUUUGAAAGAACGAUAGCAGAGUAUGAGGAGGAACUUUGUCGGACAAAAGAGGAAAACGAAAGACAACGUCAGCUGCUGGAUGCUAUUUUCAUACCUCAAGUCUCGGUUCAGAGAUCAGAGGUCAAUGAAGAAAAUCAUCUUGUGCAGCAGGAGUGGAGCUCCAGGGUGGAGCAGCAGGAGCCAGAACCUCCCUACAUUAAGCAGGAAGAACAGGAGGAUGAUGUCACGAAUUUGCCAUUAACGGUUAUCCCCGUGAAGAAUGAAUGUGAUGAAGACAAAGGUCAGACUGAGCAGAAUAGAUGGGCUGCGCCUCCAAGCAGCAGCUCAAGUCACCACAUGACAAGAGAAGGUGAUGGAGACCACUGUGGAGGAUCACAAGCAGAAAGCCUCUUGGCUCCACUGUCAGACAAUGACUACAUAACGGCACACUCGCCUGAGACUGAUGAGGAAGAACACUCGAAAGGUGAUAUGACAUAUCACACUGGCAAGAAACACUGGAAAUGUUCCCAAUGUGACAAAACCUUUGGUGUCAAGAUUAAUCUUAAAAGGCACAUGAUCAUUCACACAGGAGAGAAACCUUUUGCCUGCUCAGUUUGUGGUAAAAGAUUCACCCAAAAGGCACACUUGACAUCACACUUCAGAACGCACACUGGAGAGAAACCUUUUGCCUGCUCAUUUUGCGGUAAAAGAUUCUCUCGAAGUGAAUGUUUGAUAACACACACAAGAACACACACUGGUGAGAAACCGUUUCGUUGCAAUGUGUGUGAUCAAAGAUUUUCUUACAAGUAUAAGAUUAAGAAACACAAGUGUCCCGGUGAGAGGAGCAACAGUAAAUGAAAUGUGGAAAACAUGGACUUUCUGACACCUUGACAAACUUUGAGUGCUUCUGGUUAUCUUGAAAAAUGUACAUUGGACCACCAGGAGUGCCACCUGGACCCCUCACAACUAUUACACAUUGUAUUCUUUUGCAUUUAUAGAUCACAAUAAAUUUGAAAUGAACCAAUCAA